AUGGCUUCGUACCUCGUCACUGGAAGCUCCAAAGGCCUCAAUCUGGGAAUCUGUAAUAUCCUUGCUUCCAAGCCUGCUUCCGAGGUUUCAAAGGUAUUUAUAUCCGCGCGAAGGUACACCGAUGCCGUGAAAAGCCUGGUCGAACAGUAUCCCGGGCGUGUCGAGUUUGUCUCGAUGGACGUGACGUCCGAGGAGAGUGUCCAAAAAGCCGCGGAGCAGAUUGAGAAAUCUCUCGGGGGCAAGGGUUUGGAUGUUUUGAUCAAUGGAGUGGGAGUCAUGCCUUUCACACCGGAGGGUAUUCACACAAUGAAUAAUCUCGGCUCGACCUUGAACACCAAUGUGUUGAGCGCCCACCUGGUGACCAGGAACAUUUUGCCGUUUUUGCAAAGGGGCAAUCUGAAGAAGGUUGUUACCAUCUCCACGACACUUGGAUCGAUUGCACGCGCGAAGAUAUACCACACGCACAUGCUUACACCAGCGUACAAGAUAUCCAAGGCAGCCCUUAACAUGCUCAUGGUGCAGUAUUCCUUGGAUUAUGCGGAUCAAGGCUUCACAUUCUUCGUCGUUUGCCCUGGUUGGGUGAAGACGGAUCUUGGGGGCGAGGAUGCCGACUUGACAGUGGAGCAAAGUGCAAGUGCAAUACUGCAUAAUAUAUUCAAGUCGACUCAGGCAGACAACGGAAAAUUCUUGAACAUCCAUGUGCCCGGAUGGGAAAACGCCCCGGGCAUCAACCAAUACAAUGGUAAUGAAAUUCCGUGGUAAGCUACAGAGGACAUGUGAAAUUGGUAGACAAUGCCAAUUGAAACCCGACCAUUUAUGUUUGUAUUAUAUAAGUAUCGAACAGAUAGUUAAUAUGACUUCAAUGGCGU